GUGAUGGUGGUGGGGGUGAAGGGGAAGGGGGGGGGCACAGAAAGAGGUGGAAAGUAUCAAAUAAGAAACGAAGAGGAUAAAUUCCCAGUGUUGUUUGGCUUUCUGGCCGUCCACUUUGACAUGAUUCCCUGAUGCGUGUGUCGUGGUGUCAUAAUUAAGGAACAAGGGCUUUGAGACGUCGUCCUGACGGGAAAGAUGCCUUCAAUUAAACUACAGAGCUCCGAUGGAGAAAUAUUUGAAGUCGACGUGGAGAUAGCGAAACAGUCUGUGACAAUCAAGACUAUGUUGGAAGAUUUAGGGAUGGAUGAUGAAGGCGAUGAUGAUCCUGUUCCACUUCCGAAUGUCAAUGCUGCUAUACUUAAAAAGGUGAUACAGUGGUGCACUCAUCACAAAGAUGAUCCUCCUGCUCCCGAGGAUGAUGAGAACAAGGAAAAGAGAACGGAUGAUAUACCGGUGUGGGAUCAAGAGUUCCUCAAAGUUGAUCAAGGGACACUCUUUGAACUAAUUCUGGCUGCAAAUUAUUUGGAUAUCAAAGGUCUGCUUGACGUGACCUGCAAAACCGUGGCAAAUAUGAUCAAAGGCAAAACCCCGGAAGAGAUUCGUAAGACAUUUAACAUCAAAAAUGAUUUCACCGAGGAAGAGGAGGCACAGGUGCGCAAAGAAAACCAGUGGUGUGAAGAGAAGUGAAGAAUCUAGGCACGUUGUGAAUUAACACACACUUCCAAAGGCUGGCAGCACUGCACUAUUUUGUAAAUGUUUAAUAUUUGAUACAUGCAAAGGAAAAAACUUAGCAUUUUGAAUUGCAUGAUUCCUUGCUUAUUCACAGCACUGUGUUCUAGUCUUUCUCCCGCGAUCACUGUAUAGGAUUGGAAGCGAGAUACAGUCUUUCUCCGCACACCACUUUACAGGCUACUGGCUUCAAGAAGAUUAUAAAACAUAAGCUUUUUUAAAUUCUAAGUAGUGUGGGCUAGACAAAAAUCCUCCUUGAAUGCUGGGGGCAUGUCUGAUUUUCAUGCAAUCUGUAGUCUCUGUUUAGAAAGCAUUGAAGACAGGAUUUACAGUGAGGAAGGAGUCUUGUUCUUCCACAGUAUAAUUAAAUAACACGGCAGCAAAGUCAAUCUGCUUAAAUAAUUGAAAUUAACAUUCAGUUCUUUACUGUUCUCGGAAAUCACUUCAUUGCUAGAGGUUUUCAGUAUGCGUACAGCUUGUGCUGGCAGAGUGAUAUUUAAUCUGUUUGCUUCAACAGAGCUUUGUACCCUGGUGUUUGUGAAAAUAUGGAUUAUAGGGUCCGGUACUGUUAAUAUUUAUCCCUCCUGUAGGGGUUAAAACCCGGAACCUAAUUUAAAAUUUCCCAUACAAUACAUCCUAGCCAAGCCUGCUGCUGUCCGUGCCUUGAUGGUGAAGAAUCAUUGUGAUUCCACUUAUUUGUGUGAUAUUUACUUUGUGGUUUCUGAACUUUAUAAAAAUCCGAUGUUUGCACUGAUUUGAGGUAUGCUUUCAUUUCUUUCCAAUCACUUGACUGCCCCACUAUCUGUUGCCUAUGUAGAUCUAUAAUUAGAAAGAUUGAAUCCAACAUUUACACGUAUGGUUGUGUUUUCUUCAAUUGGCCCACGAUACUACUGAAAGCUCCAACUCUGUUCAUAAUGGAGAUGGUGUGUGUCUGUUCAAAGGAACCUUGUUUUCAUCAUUUACAGAUGCACUAUGAUAAAGGUCAAUAGAACUAACUGAAUAAGUGCUAAGACUUUCACAUGUUGCUGUUUUAGUAAUUUAGAUAUGACAACUUUGUACUUUAGUGUAAAAUAAACAUGAAUAAAACUGCAGAUCCAUAAAA